AUGCUAGAGGAUCAACGACCCGCCGCAUCAUUCCAGUGGCGGCAGGGCGAGAGGCACUGCGUUCGUCCUACGAAAAACAGCAUAUACCAGGUUCAGUGUAGGUCAAGUUGUCACCCCACCUACCAUACCGUGUCUAAAGAAAGGAACAGCUUCUUUGAUAUGGAUGUCAUAGCAGACAAUACAUCACCAUACCCCCAAAUGCUUCCCACAGCGAGUCACUUCGCCCAGUGCAUGGGGGCAAUGGGUGUAAAACCGGAUGACAUCCUGGUCGUCUACGACGCAGUCGAGGUCGGCAUGUACAGCGCACCACGCGUAGCAUGGGCCUGUCGCCUCUUUGGACAAACUUCGGUACAUGUCUUGAACAACUUCCGUCUGUAUACGGAACAAGGGUAUCCUGUUGAAGAAGGAAAGAUGGCGCUGCUUCCGGAAACUUUAUACCCUGCUCACGAACCAGCUGCGAACCAAGUGAUCGCAUUUGAGGAAUUGCGAAACAUAAUUUUGCACCAAGCAGGGAAUUACCAGAUCAUAGAUGCCAGAAUCCCUGGUCGGUUUUCGGGCACACAGGAAGAAGCGGAUCCCACUCUCCGAUCGGGGCAUAUGCCUUCUGCAGUCAAUAUUCCGUUGGCAGCGAUGUUGGAUGCGGAGUCGAAGGCUUUUCUGCCCCUGUCAGAACUGAAGGAGCUCUUUGAGAAGGCGGGUCUUAGUGCUAGUACCCCGGUUAUCUUGACUUGCAAUUCUGGAGUGACUGCUGCUGCAUUGGAUCUAUCAAUACAGGCGACUGGUUAUGAUAUGGAACGGAGGGUGUAUGAUGGGAGCUGGAUGGAAUGGACAAGGAGGGCGGAGAGUGACUUGGUAGUCAGGGAUUGA